AUGGGAGACGGAUUGGCCAAGUCACACCAUGAUUGUCCCCAACAUGCUCGUAAUACCACUCAUGUCAUUUUGGACAAGGAAUCGUUUUGCUGCUUCCACGGUAAUGGGGAAGUGCCCUUCCCUCUGCGGUGCUUGACCCCUUCUACGGAGGUGGAAGUGGAUUUGAUUAUUACAGAUUACCGUAUGCCUGGAAUGACGGGCUAUGAUCUCUUGAGAAAGAUUAAGGAAUGUUCAUCUUUAAGAGACAUACCAGUUGUAAUAAUGUCCUCUGAGAACAUUCCUUCAAGGAUUAACAGAUGCUUGGAACAAGGGGCAGAAGAGUUCUUUCUCAAGCCAGUUCAACAAGCAGAUGUGAAUAAACUUAGACCACAUUUACUGAAGGAAAGGUUAAGGAACAACAAGAGCAAGCUCAUUGAAGAAUGUCUUGGAAGUCGACCAAUAAAGAAAGAAAAUUUUCAGUAG